AUGAAAUGGAUCGAUCAACAACGAUCUCAACAAAAUUUGCAACAAAGGCAAAGCCACCUUCCACGGAGACCAGCACGUGCCGAUGAUUACCUUAACUUACCGAGUAAUUUUUUCUCUGGAAGCGAUAAGAUGAAGCUUUCGUUUGAUGUUUGUGACAAAACGGUUGGGAAUGUAACUUCCAAUUUUAUUCCACCGGCCACUUCCACACCAUUCGAACGGAUGCAUUCGCUCGGGAUAUCCGGAGUGCUCUCUGAUCCAGACGAAUUCCAACCGACACAAGGGCGCACUACUCAUCGAACAUUGAAUGAGAAAACAUCCAUCGGUUGGGAAGGCUUUCUGCGUAAUGUGCAGGAUCGUUUGGCAUCUGUUGCCGUGAAUAAUGUUGAUGAGAGCAUUUUAGAACAACAUCGUACUGAUUUAAAGGAAAUUAUGCGGAAUGAAAUUCAAGUUGCCUUGAUCGAGACUAAGACGGAUGAAGAUCGCCGUACUCUACUCGUGAAUAGUAUGCAAUGUUCGGCUAAGGAAAUGGAGACCUUUUACCGACCAAGUUGGAAAGACCAUUCGUUUAUCAGCAACCACAAUUUCGCUCUCAGUAUGCUGCGCCAGAAAUCGGCAGCGCAAAUGCCGAUUCAAACGAGCGGAAUUAACUACAAUCGCUUAUCUUCUGUGGAUCCAGCGGAGAAUCAUCCACGAUGUACUGAUAAAUUUACUACCGCUGUAACCACUCCAAUGCUACCUACCUAUCGGAACCCAAAGCUCUCAUUUCUCGAUGUUACUGAUACUCCGACUCAAAACUCCGUCAUGGCAUCGCCAGAGGAUGCAAUCCUGCUGACAGCUUCUCCGCCUUCGCCAGCGGUAGCGACAAUUCCAGCGAACAGUUUGUUCCAAGAAAGGUCGUUUUUCUUUGAUCAAACUCGAACCGAUGACUCGUUGAUCGCUAAGCUGGAUGAGCUGCUUGACGAUGAUGACUCACCGAUAAAUGGUUCAGCAAGAAGGAUGGACUACAAUUUCGAUUUUCCUACCCAAGUUGAAGAUACACCGAUGGAUAUGAUUUUUACUCAUCGAACACGACGCCUGCACCACAAUAGCGGAAUGAACCAAACGUGGAUGGGAGAUAAGGCGCCACCGUUCUAUUUAACACCAGACGACACAAUGGGAUCCACAUUUUCUGACGAUCUAUUUUAA